UUUUUGAGAUAUUAAGUUUUAGAUUAAACCAAUUGAAGUGACCAGUCCAAAGGUUAAUUGCUAUAAGAACACAAUAAUAAAUAUACUCAGUGAUAAUGUGAGUUGGAGUUUCAACUGCUGUACCAAAGUAAAAAAAAAAAAAAAGUCUCAAUGGCCCCCUGGCUACCUCACAGACCCUCAUGGGUCCAUGGACCCCACACUGAGAGCAACUGUUCCAUACCAUGUGCACUAAACUCCAUGGUCAUACUGUUAACUUAAACAGAUUACAUGUGAGGGUGGCAGCCAAAUUUAACAACUUUUAACACACAUGCGUGUACUGCGCAGUGUAAAUGGCUUAUUCAGUUCAGUAGUCCUUGUACACCCCUCCAUCCAUCCAUUCUCUGUACCACUUAUCCUUCAACCUGGAGCCUAUCCCGGAGACUCAGGGCACAAGGCAGGGGACACCCUGGACAGGAUGCCAACCCACCACAGGGCACAAUCCCACACACACUACAGACAAUUUGGAAAUCAGCCUGCCACUGGGGGAGGAAAACCCUGAAGCACAGGGAGAACAUGCUAACUCCACGCACACAGGGUGGAGGCAGGAGUUGAACCCCCAACCCCAGAGGGGUGAGAGUAAGUGGUAAUGGACAGUACAGACGAAGUAGAUGAGGACGACCAGCUUCUUAAUUAUGCCAUCCAGCUGAGUAUUGAAGAGUCUUGGCGCAAUGAUUUUCCAGCAAGUGUGGAAAAUCAAAAGAUUUUUGAUGCGAUCAAAAGGGGUGACCUGUAUACACUGCAGGAGAUGUCAGACUACCCGGCUGCAUUUACUGAGGUGGAUGCUAAGGGCUGGUACCCGCUCCACAGGGCAUCAGUACAACAGUCAGUACAAGUGCUGGAGAGAGUGAUAUAUGCAUCUUACAGGCUGACCCUUGAGGAGGAAACAGCAGACAGAGAGACCCCUUUGACUCUGGCUACUCAAGCAGGAUUGGUAGAGAUUGUUUGCACUUUGCUGGAUCAUGGAGCUUCUCCUCAUAGAACCAAUGGCAGGAAUGAGUCUCCUUUAUUACUGGCUGUAAGAACAGAUUCUUAUGAUAUAGCUUUAGCACUUAUAAAACGAGGUGCACUGGUGAACCAGGUCUGUCUGAAGAAGUGGACAGCUAUGCAUGAGGCUGCUAAAGUGGGCUGCAUUGAUAUCCUGAAGCUUUUACUGCAGCACGGAGGCCAGAUCUCAGACACAGAUCAGCACGGGGUAACCCCAAUGGGCAUCGCUGCAGAAUACGCCCAGGCAGAAGUUCUAGAUAUCCUUAUUCACAAUGGUGGUGAUGUAAAUGCUCAGGCACCGAAUGGAGACAGUGUUCUAUAUGAUGCUGCUGGUUCUGGUAAUCCUGACUGUAUCGACCUUCUCCUCCAAAACGGGGCCAAUCCCAACAUCGCCAGCCUCUCUGCACAGCUCCCUAUUCAUCGAGCUGCUUACGAAGGGCACUACCUCGCGUUGAGGAUGUUAAUCCCUGUUACUACAAGAAGAGCUCUGCGGCUCGCGGGCCAGAGUCCAGUUCACUCAGCGGCAGAUGGCGGCCAUGCACAGUGCCUCGAGCUUCUCCUGGAGAAAGGCUUUGACGUCAAUUCCCUCCUAGACCAGCAUAUAUCUGAGAAUUAUGGCGAUAUGAGGAAGAGCGCCGUGUACUUUUGUGUCUCCAAUGGAGAUGUGACUUGUACUCAGUUGUUGCUCAGAGCUGGUGCUAAACCUGACCUGGAUCCUCUGAGCUGUCUCCUGGUGGCAGUGAGAGCUGGAAGAUAUGAGAUAGUCAAGCUGCUUCUGGCCAGUGGAGCUAAUGUGAACUACUAUUUCACAGUGGUCAAUGAUACUCUGUUCCCCACUGCUUUACAAUAUUGCCUCAGGGAUGAGAUGAUGAUGCGAAUGCUACUUAACAGCGGCUAUGAUGCAGACAAAUGCUUCGUCUGUCGUCAUGACUCAGCAUGGACUGACCAGACUCAUCACUCAGACCAUUCGGGCAAAAAGAUCCCUUUUUGUGACUUCGUCAGUGUCUCGUGGCUGGUGCAGUAUGCAGGAAGAGCUGUGCGGGUUCUUCUGGACUACGUCGGCUAUGUCCCAAUCUGUUCAAAACUGAAAAUGGUUCUGGAGAAGCAUAAAGAAUGGCCAGAAAUUUGUGACAUUUUAGGAAACCCCCGGUCACUAAAGCACAUGUGCAGGCUGUUGAUCAGGAGAAAGAUGACUCCAAGGAAACUGGGAGACCCAGGCAUUAUCAACUCUGCUCCAUUCCCACCUUUACUUAAGAACUACUUGAUGUAUAGGGAGUAUGACCUGUAUGGCAGCUUAUGUGCAGAUGAAUGAUCAUAUUCUCUCAAGGAACAAAAAUAGCAACUAGUACAAAUACUGUAAAGAUAAUCUAAGGAAGGAAGUUUACCUUCCAAGCACACAAUACCUACCUGUUAAAAAAGAGAGAGAUAUAUUAGUUUGGUAAGUGAUAGUUAAAAUGAUAAACUGUCCUUUCAUGGAAGUCAUUUUGCAGCCAGUGGAGUUUCUCUGGAUACUGUUUUAGGUCAAAGACCAUGAAGGGAAAUAUAAUUUCACAAAUAGUCUUUAAAAAGCAGCUUUCUGGUGCUAUGAUGAAUGACCACUUUGUUUCAUGUGCAUUUGAAAGUUCGCUCUUUGUUCUGACGUGUACUGUAUUUAAUCUUUUCACAUACCACUGUCCCCUAUUUUUUUGUGUUGGUUCCAAUUGAACAGUAAGGAUGUUUAUUUCAAUACAGUUGUAUAAGUGCACAUGACAUUUGACAAUAAAGUCCUACUCAGUCCCGA